UAGACCUCUUAUGACACGUUGCAUCAGGUAUAGCAAUUCAGUCUAGGCCUACAUCUAUUUGGCCCAUUAUGUGACAUUUUAUUGGGAUUAGAACAUAUUCAGGUUUACGGUCAAUUAGAUGAAUAUCUGGAGUGAGAGGGGUUGGCUCCAAUCCAAGCAAGUACCUUUACCGCCUCCACCGGUGGAGUCUUUGCCAGUUGCCAAUAUACAUUUCAGUUAGGAGUAUAGUUCCUUCAUGUCUCCCCGUUGCAUAGAGAGAGAGGAGAGAAAUCCAAAAUACGAGUGAUGUCAAACCGAACAGAUCUGAACGGUCUGAAAAGCCAACGACUUCCUCCACGAGAACUUGCCAAUGGAAUAUUCUGAUUUGUAAACACAUUGUACCGUUUUUGCGUUGCACAUUUUUCACCAAAACAGUAAGGAAUGUGGGCUUUUCUGAGUGGAAAAUUAUUUAGUGUUCUUUCAGCACCAGUGAUUGUAGCUGUCGUGUGCUGCGCACAAAGCGUGAAUGAACCAGGGAACAUGUCGUUUGUGAAAGAGACGGUGGACAAACUACUAAAGGGAUAUGAUAUUCGUCUUCGACCAGACUUUGGAGGGGCCCCUGUUGCAGUUGGCAUGAGUAUAGAUGUGGCGAGCAUAGACAUGGUAUCCGAAGUCAACAUGGACUACACUUUAACCAUGUACUUCCAGCAGUACUGGAGGGACAAGAGGCUGGCGUACUUAGGGAUCCCACUGAACCUCACCCUGGAUAACCGGGUGGCAGAUUCACUCUGGGUCCCUGACACCUACUUCCUGAAUGACAAGAAGUCCUUCGUCCACGGUGUGACGGUCAAGAACCGCAUGAUCCGCCUCCACCCGGAUGGAACAGUGCUCUACGGCCUGAGGAUCACAACGACGGCAGCCUGUAUGAUGGACCUGAGGAGGUACCCUCUGGACGAGCAGAACUGCACUCUGGAGAUCGAGAGCUAUGGAUACACGACAGAUGACAUUGAGUUCUACUGGAAGGGAGGAGACAAUGCAGUGACGGGAGUGACACGCAUUGAGCUGCCACAGUUCUCCAUAGUGGACUACAAGCUGGUGUCCAGAAAUGUUGUCUUUUCCACAGGUGCCUACCCACGACUGUCUUUGAGCUUCAAGCUAAAGAGGAACAUUGGCUACUUUAUCCUGCAGACCUACAUGCCCUCCAUCCUGAUCACCAUCUUGUCCUGGGUCUCCUUCUGGAUCAAUUACGAUGCCUCGGCUGCAAGAGUGGCAUUAGGGAUCACCACUGUGCUCACCAUGACCACCAUCAAUACCCAUCUGAGAGAGACGCUUCCCAAGAUCCCCUACGUCAAGGCCAUUGACAUGUACCUGAUGGGCUGCUUCGUCAUGGUUUUCCUGGCCCUGCUGGAGUACGCCUUCGUCAACUACAUCUUCUUCGGCCGUGGGCCACAGAUGCAGAAGAAGCUGGCAGAGAAAGCCGAGAGGGCCAACAACGAGAGAGCGGCCAAAUAUGACACCAAUCGGUCUCCUCAGGAAGGAGGUAAAACGUCAUCUCUUAAGCUGACUAAGCAGCCUAAUAGAGCAAAAACGCUCCGUGUCUCACAGUCGGCGGAGUCCCACGGUAAUAUCCUGCUGACCACCCUGGAGAUCCACAACGAGGUGGCCGGAAAUGAGGUCACCACCAGCCUGGCGGACAGCAGGAACUCCUCCGUCAUGGGAUUUGACAACACCAGCACAGGUACCGGCGUCCAGUGCAGGAAGGCGAGCCGGGCCUCGGGUCCUCGCCACAGCCUCGACAGGCACGCCCAGCUCAAGAGGCACAAACUGCGGCGGCGCUCGUCGCAGCUCAAAAUCAAAAUCCCUGACCUGACGGACGUAAACGCCAUCGACAGGUGGUCGCGGAUUAUCUUCCCCUCCGUUUUCUCCCUCUUUAAUCUAAUCUACUGGAUGUAUUAUGUCAACUGAUUGACUGAUUUUAGGGUUAGAUGGUGUUGUCAUUUUUUUUCGUUCUCCUUCGUCAUCAUUUUGUCUUGGAAAAACAAAGGACUGCCUCUAUGUCACACAGACAAACUGCUUUGACCCUUUUGUUCAAGGUUUUAUAUUUGCAGUCGUACUCAAAUUGUGGAUUGCGGUGGGAUUGCUAAUUCUUCAAAUUUUGUACAGAACUAUGUAGAUAAAUACCCAUACUGUAGGACUGGGACUGUAUACUUCCCAGUCUUUUUGCCCUCUCUGCAGUUUGAUAAUGUUCUUUAUACCCAUUUCAAUUUGUGCAAUCUGCAAGAAAGAAAAGGGAACCAUAAAAAAAAAAGUUUUGUUAACAAACCCAAAUAAAAUACCAAUGUUAUGUAAUGUAUUAUGCAUAUACACAAUGAAUUGUGGUGUAAACUUUAUCAUUAUUUACAUAUUAUUUUUUAUGAAUGCGGAUCAAUACAAAAAUUAUAUACUCAUGUUUUGUGAUGCUUGCCAUCUUUAUCACGUAUAUAUUUUUUUGUCUUGGUCAGAUAAUAUCUUUUUCAAGUGCACAUACAGUAUUUGCAUAUUUUACAGUGAAGUGGUCCUGUUUCUGUAUGUCUAUGUACAGUGUAUUAUUAUUAUUAUUAGUAGUAGUAAUAGUAGUAGUAGUAUUGCUAUUAUUAUUAUUAUCAUCAUUAUUAUUAUUACUAUUAUUAUUAUUAUUACAUACUGAACUAUAAUAUUUUAACACAGGUGCAAAUUAAUGUCUAGGGUUGAGGGUUAUAAUAUCUCAGGUUCUGGAUUUUGCUAAUUGGCGUCCAUUAAGUUUUCAAAAUCCUGUCAAGCAGUCUUGAAAUUGGAAUAUUGAUUGGUAAUCUAAACAUACCCACCACUGCACUCAAUGAAUCUGUCAUGGUUCACAUCUUUUUCUACCUGAUAUUGUGAAUGCAUGACAGGAUUUCACUCAGUAAAUUGACUUCAUUCCUUUAAAUCAGCUCCACCUUUGAUACUGUAGCUGUGGAACUCUCCUGCCAAUGGCCUUGUGCUAUAUACUGUAUAACAUGUCUUUGUGAAAUAUUUGGAUAUUUUUGUAAGGUGUAACGUUGACUAUAACUACAGUAUGUUAACUCCCUCUCUUGCGUGCGAGCAUUGUAGACCAUAGAUUCCCUCUGUACACAACAUUCCACGGAAGUGGCAGGGUUGAGGGUUUGUUCACAACAUUCCACGGAAGUGGCAGGGUUGAGGGUUUGUUCACAACAUUCCACUGAAGUGGCAGGGUUGAGCGUUUGUUCACAACAUUCCACUGAAGUGGCAGGGUUGAGCGUUUGUUCACAACAUUCCACUGAAGUGGCAGGGUUGAGGGUUUGUUCACAACAUUCCACUGAAGUGGCAGGGUUGAGCGUUUGUUCACAACAUACCACUGAAGUGGCUGAGCGUUUGUUUGUUUUUGACCAUUUGACUGAUCUUCACUGCUGAAAUGACCUCCAACUGUAAAUAUAAUGUAUAUAACAGAUGUGAUGUCAGUGUGCAAAUUUGUAUUUGGAGUUGUCUAAUUAGUUGUCUGUUUUAUAAGACCAUGUGAAAUACCGAUGACAUUUCUGUCCUCUUUAAAUGCUUGAACAUCUAUUGAAUUAACAUAUGGGGUUGAUCAUAUAUAUUUUUUUUAUAAGCAAUGAAUGCCAUGAGAGACUAUCUAUCAAAUGCACAGCCAAUAUAAAUAAUACAACAAAACGCAUUGUAAAUCAAGGUCAUUGAGACCACUGAUAGCGGCAUAUCAUCGUCAUCCAUUUCUAUAUUUCUAUAUAUCUAUUCUGCACAGCUAUCAAAGAAGCACAUAUGAUGUAUUAGUCUCUCAGUAUACAACUGAUGCAUGAAUUCUGUUCUACAGGGCAAGGACAACGAGCCAUAGUCAUUAGAUUGUAACCAAACAUCGAACACAUCCCAUGAGGAGAUGUAAUCAACGGCAUGGGAGUAGCUAACAUUUGAUGAAACAUUACCAUUGUCCAUAUCACGCUGCUCUGGGCGAGAGAACAUGCCUAGAUGGCACUGUCUCUUGUUUCUCUAUGCAUGUUAUAUCGCAUGAGUAGUGGCGAUAAAAAUGUAAAAAAAUAACCUUAACCCUAUCAUCUUAGACCUGUAUCUCAGAUUACAAGUACAGUUCAAGAGAUUGUGAUAAACUGCCAGUCUCUGGUUGGUUACAGAGCAACCAAUCAUAUCCUGGGGUCAAUGGCUGGGAUUCACAACGACAGUUUUCAAAUAUAUAACACAUUUAUAUACGCAUAAAGAAUAAGUCGUGCGCCCAUGUAUUUUACCAUUACCAACUUGCAGCCAAUUGCUUAUAGUAGUGACAUGUAUCUCUGGUAUGUAAAUACACUUUGCUACUUGAUCAUUAAGCUUGUUGUGUGUUUUGGGUUUGAGUGAUAUAAUGGCAGAGUGUGUGGUUACACACGCUGGCCUUUAAACAGUUACAGACCCUGUGGUUUCCCGUCCCUUUUCUACUGUGUAGAUGAGGCAGUGUUGGCUGGGUCUUGGUGUAAGAUGACUAAUAUCCCUUGUUCUUGGCGUAAGAUAGGUAAUAUCUCUUGGUCUUGGUGUAAGAUGAGUCAUUUCUCUUGGUCUUGGUGCAAGAUGAAUUAAAUAUCUUGGUCUUGGUGAAAGAUGAAUAAAAUAUCUUGGUCUUGGUGAAAGAUGAAUAAAAUAUCUUGGUCUUGGUGAAAGAUGAAUAAAAUAUCUUGGUCUUGGUGUAAGAUUAAUAAAAUAUCUUGGUCUUGGUGUAAGAUUAAUAAAAUAUCUUGGUCUUGGUGAAAGAUGAAUAAAAUAUCUUGGUCUUGGUGAAAGAUGAAUAAAAUAUCUUGGUCUUGGUGUAAGAUUAAUAAAAUAUCUUGGUCUUGGUGUAAGAUGAGUAAUCUUUCCCGAGAUGCAAAGACUUGAGUUCGCCCUUCAGAGCUAAUGCCUAGGCUUUAGCUCAGAGGGCUAACACAGUCUUGUGGCAUGCAAGAGACCUGGGUUUGAAUCCCGGUCAGUCACAUUGGCACAUUCAAUCUGACACUGUUUCAUGCAUUAAGUGCACUCAUCGUUGCUGGCUUCUAAUGUUGUCUGGCCCAUUAUGGAAUGUCAACAUGUUCUGUUCUGCCAUAAAUGUAUUUAGGUAUAGAUAUCUGUGUUUGUUUUUCUCCCUUAUUUAUUUAGGUUAUAAUGUUGCUCUAUUCAUGAAAUAAUAUCAAUAUAUGACAGUAAUAUCUGGUUUUGCAUCCAUUCAAAUCAAUGAUUUCUGUAGCACACCUGUACAUACGCUAUAGCAACAGGAUGAACAAUGGACAAACUUCAGAGACAACAUUUCUUGUUCCUAAUGCAUUUCUGUUGAAUGAUUGAAUCUAGAAAAAGCCCAAUAGUUUAUGAUUUAUAUGUCCGGUGAAGAUAAACAAAUGAUUACCAGAAUUCCUGGAUUGUGAUUAAAACCGUAUUUAUCAAUGAA